AUGAGCUUCAAAAGAACUAAGGCAGAGCUUAACAAGGAACUACUGCAGAAUGCUCGGUUUGGAAACACAAAGAAUUUCAAAAUAUGUUUAAAAGAUGGAGCAAAUGCUAUCUUUCAAGACUUGGAUGGUUUAAAUGCACUUCACUACGCUGUAAGAAAGGAGCAUAUAGAAAUAGGAAAGUUGCUUAUUGACUCUGGCAGUGAUCUCAACUUACAGGACGACAUUGGUUUUACUGCACUUCACCAAGCUGCAUUUAAAGAACAAACAAAAUUCGCAAAGUUACUAAUUGCCGGUGGUAUUUAUCUCAAUAUACAGAACAGGUUUGGAAAAUCUGCACUUCACGUUUCUACAUCAAACAAGAAAACAGAUAUCGUCAAAUCACUAAUUGAAGGUGGAAUUGAUCUCAAUUUGCAGGACAAGGAUGGUUUGACCGCACUGCAUGCUGCUACAAGAAAAGAGCAUACACAAAUUGUCCAAUUGCUUAUUGACGAAGGUAGUAAACUCAAUGUGCAGGACAAGGAAAAGAAAUCUGCACUUCACUUUGCAACAUUAAACAAGAAAACAGAUAUCGCCAAAUCAUUAAUUGACGGUGGUAUUGAUCUCAAUUUGAAGGACAAGGAUAAAAAGUCUGUAUUUCAUCGCGCUAUAUUACUCAGGAACACAGAAAUUCUCAAAUUUCUAAUUGAAGGUGGUAUUGCUCUCAAUUUGAAGGACAAGAAUGGUUUGACAGCGCUACAUGCUGCCACAACAGAAGAAAAUACUAAAAUUGUCCAUUUGCUUAUUGGCCAUAGUACUGAUCUCAAUUUAAAGGACAAGAAUGGACAAUCUGCACUUCACUACGCUACAGCAAAUAAGAAUACCGAAAUCACCAAAUUGCUAAUUGACGGUGGAAUUGAUUCCGAAUUACAAGACAAGGAUGGGUGUACUGCACUACAUGCUGCUACAAAUAAAGAAAAUACAAAACUUGUCGAAUUUUUAAUUGGUCAUGGUCGUGGUCUUAAUUCACAGGACAAGAAUGGACAAUCUGCACUUCAUUACGCUACAGCACAUAAGAAUACCGAAAUCAACAAAUUACUAAUUGACGGUGGAAUUGAUUCCGAAUUACAAGACAAGGAUGGGUGUACUGCACUACAUGCUGCUACAAAUAAAGAAAAUACAAAAAUUGUCCAAUUUUUAAUUGAGUCUGGUCGUGGUCUUAAUUUACAGGACAAGAAUGGAAAAUCUGCACUUCACUACACUACAACACAUCAGAAAACCGAAAUUGCCAAAUUACUAAUUAAAGGUGGAAUUGAUCCCAAAUUACAAGACAAGGAUGAUUGUACUGCACUACAUGCUGCUACAAGUAACGAAAAUACAAAACUUGUCCAAUUUUUAAUUGGUCCUGGUCGUGGUCUUAAUUUACAGGACAAGGAUGGACAAUCAGCAUUUCACAAUGCUGUAUCGACUUCCAAAACAGGACUCGUCAAAAUACUAGCUACUGGUGGUAGUGAUGUCAAUUUACAGAACAAGCAUGGUUGGACCGCCCUUCACAGUGGUGCAUGGAUCGGGGAAGUAGAAAUAGUAAAUCUGAUUAUUGAUAUAGGCAAUCAUAUCAAUGUAAAGGCAAAGCAAAUCCAUGAGAGUACCAAGUAG